CGCGGGCGCAUUGGUUGCUCCGGGCGCGGGUGGCAGACGGCGCUUUGAACCCGGUGCAGGGGUGGCUGCUAGGACAGGGGUCGGGGUUGGGAUCGGCGUCCAGACCAGAUAGGACCCGGGCAGCUGGCGCUCCUCCAGGCAUGGCGGCCGAGGCGCGCGUGUCGCGCUGGUACUUUGGGGGCCUGGCCUCGUGCGGGGCCGCCUGCUGCACUCAUCCGCUGGACCUGCUCAAGGUGCACCUGCAGACGCAGCAGGAGGUGAAGCUGCGCAUGACGGGAAUGGCGCUGCAGGUGGUGCGCUCGGACGGCAUCCUGGCACUCUACAACGGCCUGAGCGCGUCCCUGUGCAGACAGAUGACCUACUCCCUGACCCGGUUUGCCAUCUAUGAGACCGUGCGGGACCAGGUGGCCAAGGACAGCGAGGGGCCCCUGCCCUUCUACAAGAAGGUGUUGCUGGGCUCCAUCAGCGGUUGCAUCGGCGGUUUCGUGGGGACUCCCGCAGACAUGGUCAACGUCAGGAUGCAGAACGACAUGAAGCUGCCCCAGAGUCAGCGCCGGAACUACGCCCACGCCCUGGACGGCCUGUACCGUGUGGCCCGAGAAGAGGGGCUGCGGAAGCUGUUCUCAGGUGCAACCAUGGCGUCCAGUCGAGGGAUGUUGGUCACCGUGGGCCAGCUGUCCUGCUACGACCAGGCCAAGCAGCUGGUCCUCAGCACCGGGUACCUGUCUGACGGAAUCCUCACACACUUUGUCGCCAGCUUCGUUGCUGGUGGGUGUGCCACGGUCCUGUGCCAGCCCCUGGACGUGCUGAAGACCCGCCUGAUGAACUCCAAGGGCGAGUAUCGGGGUGUUCUGCACUGCACCAUGGAGACGGCAAAACUCGGGCCGCUGGCCUUUUACAAGGGCCUGCUGCCUGCCGGCAUCCGCCUCAUGCCCCACACUGUGCUCACGUUCGUGUUCCUGGAACAGCUUCGCAAGCACUUCGGCAUCGCUGUGCCUUCCUGACGGGGCCCGGGGAGCGGGCCUGGCCGGGCCUGUGCCCAGCGCCACAUUCCUCCCGAGUCCACACGGCCAGCCAGGCUGAGCUCCGCCUCCCGCCCCCUGGCCCAGGACCGCCAGGCCCGGGUCAGUGCGCCUCCCAGUGACUAUGUCCCUCCCUCCCAGGCAGCCCUGUAGCUUCACCUGCACUCCAGGCCCUGCUGUGCCCACGGGAGGGGGGCGUCCAGCCCAGGGUCUUUCUCCUCCCCAGUAGGCGGUUACACUAGAGGUGGGAGGGGUGGGCUGUUCAGGUUUCUGGGGGCCCUGGCCUGGGGUUCCUUUCACGGGACAGCCGCCCAGGGCCCCGGGCACUGUCCUCCAGCACUCCCAUCCAGGACCAGUGUGUGCGUGCGCGGGCACGUUCACCUUGCAGGGGGCAGGGCUUUAUGAUGCUCUCCAGGUGGGGGGCUAGCUGAGCCCCACAGCUGCCGGGCCAAGGAUCAAAGGAGGCAGGUGCGGGGGCCUCUGAGCUGAGGUGUCCCGUCCACCCUCAGCUGCUUUAACAAUUUCACCAAAAACCUCUCAGUACCCAGAGGCCACAGCUGUCUUCAGGGACAGUGCAGUGUCCCUCCCUGGGCAGUGCGGGCUGUUGUGUGUCCUCAGGGCCCCUGUUUAUGUGGACAGCGGUCACCCCUCAAGGCCCCCAGCAGCUGGUCAGCCAAAACAGGCAGCCAAAGCAGCCUAUUCCCCAUGAGCAAAGCUGGGGGCUGCACCUGUCUGCUUCCCAGCGCCCCUUGGGUCUGUGUCCCCUCCCCAGCAGGGGGCCUUUCUGCAGGGUCAGUAAUAAAGGACAGUCAACUGCCCUCA